AUGCCGGGCGGGUGGCGACCACUCUCGCAGGUAGAGAUGAACAGUGAGACCUUCAGGGAAGCAGUGACGGCUAGUCUGGAGGAGCUAGGAGACGAAUCCCGCGGAUGUUGCAGCUACUUUCUGCAGAAAGUUUUGAGUGGCACACAACAGACUGUUGCAGGUGUCCGCUAUGAGUGGUUCAUGAAAGUUUAUCCAGUUCUACUGUCGAGCAACAGAGGAUGUGCUGAAGUGUGCAAUGCGGCCUCUGAGGAAACCCCAACGUAUUCGGCUUCAGCCUGGGUGAAACCAUAUGCUGACCCGAAGAAAGUUGAAGUCAGCGUAAGGCAGGUGUAA